AUCUCUGUUCUGAUCCUUCACCAAAUUUCGUAUUCAAGAAGAAAUCCAUCGCAGUCAUCUUCUUCUUCCCGAGGUUUCUUACAUAUGAGAAAAAUUAGGGUUUAAGCUUCCGAUUUUGGAUCCGAUUGUUGCAAAACGAUCUUCUAGCCCCGGUGGCUUUUACUAUAACCAAGUUAAGAACUGGGGGCGAAUCAGUCUCAUCCCCGCCAUUAUCCUGGCGUUUCCGAUCAUUCCAGGGUAGGAUUCUGGGAUUUUCUUCGACCUCUUCUUGGUAAUCCUCCACGAAACAACACGUUACAGUUUCUCGAUUCCGUAACCACCGUUGGAUCUGAUCGCACUAUGGAUUCCGUCUCUAGAGGUACCGUUGCUUCAACAACUGGCGCUGUGGAAGAGCCGGAGUAUCUUGCUAGGUAUCUUGUUGUUAAACAUUCAUGGAGAGGUCGUUAUAAGAGGAUCCUUUGUAUUUCGAGCGGCGGAAUUGUUACGCUUGAUCCGAAUACUCUUGCUGUUACUAAUUCUUAUGAUACUGGAAGUAAUUUUGAUGGUGCUUCACCUUUGGUUGGGAGGGAUGAGAAUACGGAGAGUGUUGGUGGUGAGUUUACUGUUAAUGUUAGGACGGAUGGGAAAGGGAAAUUUAAGGCUAUGAAGUUCUCAUCUAGGUGCAGAGCAAGUAUUUUGACCGAGUUGUAUCGGCUUAGAUGGAAUCAAAUUAGACCUGUGGCUGAGUUUCAGGUUCUACAUCUUAGGAGACGGAAUGCAGAAUGGGUUCCUUAUAAAUUGAAGGUCACCUUUGUUGGUCUGGAGCUCGUCGACUCUAAAUCUGGUGAUUCGCGCUGGAUUUUGGAUUUCAGAGACAUGAAUUCCCCAGCAAUCAUUCUUCUCUCUGAUGCAUACCGGACAAAAUCUACGGACUCUGCUGGGUUUGUUCUGUGUCCCAUGUAUGGGAGAAAGUCAAAAGCUUUUAGAGCUGCACCUGGGACAACAAAUUCCUCCAUUGUCGCAAGUUUGGCUAAGACUGCAAAGUCCAUGGUUGGGGUAUUCUUGUCAGUCGAUGAUUCACAAAUGCUGACAGUAUCGGAGUAUAUGACACGAAGGGCUAAAGAAGCAGUUGGAGCUGAAGAAAGUCCUAAUGGGUGGUGGUCUGUUACUAGAUUAAGAUCUGCUGCUCAUGGAACUCUAAACAUGCCUGGACUAAGCUUAGCAAUUGGCCCCAAAGGAGGACUUGGUGAGCAUGGAGAUGCUGUUGCCCUUCAGCUAAUUCUUACUAAGGCAUCCCUUGUUGAGAGACGAAUAGAUAACUAUGAAGUUGUUAUCGUUCGUCCUCUAUCUUCAGUAAGUUCACUUGUCCGGUUCUCUGAGGAGCCCCAAAUGUUUGCUAUCGAAUUCAGUGAUGGGUGUCCAGUUCAUGUCUAUGCAAGCAUAUCCCGAGACAACCUACUUGCAGCGAUUCUCGAUACUCUGCAAACAGAAGGACAAUGCCCGAUACCAGUAUUACCACGGCUUACUAUGCCUGGUCAUCGCAUUGAUCCACCUUGUGGAAGGGUUAGCUUGAUCUCUGGACCACAACAUCUUGUUGCUGAUUUGGAAACUUGCUCCCUACAUCUGAAACAUUUAGCUGCUGCUGCAAAAGAUGCAGUUGCCGAAGGUGGCUCUGUUCCUGGUAGUAGGGCUAGAUUAUGGCGCAGAAUAAGGGAGUUCAAUGCUUGUAUCCCGUAUACAGGUGUGCCCACUAAUAGUGAAGUCCCUGAGGUGACUUUGAUGGCAUUGAUUACAAUGCUACCAUCAACUCCAAACCUCCCUGUAGACGCCCCUCCUUUGCCACCUCCUUCACCCAAAGCAGCAGCAACUGUCAUUGGCUUUGUCGCAUGUUUGCGUAGGUUAUUGUCCUCCAGGAGUGCAGCAUCCCAUAUAAUGUCUUUCCCUGCUGCUGUUAACAGGAUAAUGGGUUUACUUAGGAACGGUUCUGAAGGUGUGGCUGCUGAAGCUGCGGGGCUUAUUGCGUCCCUCAUAGGCGGUUGGUCAGCAGAUCUGAGCACUGCACCGGAUUCCAGAGGAGAAAAACAUGCAACUAUCAUGCAUACCAAGUCUGUUUUGUUUGCUCAACAGGGUUAUGUUACUAUCCUGGUCAAUCGGUUGAAACCCAUGUCAGUCUCACCUCUGUUUUCCAUGGCGAUUGUUGAAGUCUUUGAGGCUAUGGUUUGUGAUCCACAUGGAGAGACUACCCAAUACACUGUUUUUGUAGAAUUGUUACGACAAAUAGCUGCCCUACGACGUCGUUUAUUUGCACUCUUUGCACAUCCUGCAGAAAGUGUUAGGGAAAUCAUUGCUGUUAUAAUGCGUACAAUAGCUGAAGAAGAUGCAAUUGCUGCAGAGUCAAUGCGUGAUGCUGCUUUGCGUGAUGGUGCUUUGUUGAGACAUUUAUUGAAUGCAUUUUCCCUUCCUGCCAGUGAGCGGCUUGAGGUAAGUAGGCAGCUUGUGGCACUCUGGGCAGAUUCUUACCAACCAGCUUUGGAUCUACUGUCUCGAGUUCUGCCACCUGGGCUUGUUGCAUAUUUGCAUACACGUCCCGAUGAUGUUGUCGAUGAUACAGAUCAAGAAGGUUCGUCAACAAAUAGGCGGCAGAAAAGAUUACUUCAGCAGAGAAGAGGUCGUAUAGCUAAGGGAAUGGGUGCUCAAGAUAUUCCUCUUCCCCCUGGUAAUAAUGUUGAGACUGGCGAUGUAGCAAAACAGAUGAGUGCAAAUGCUAGUGUACCCGAUAACUUUCAAAGGCGUGUUGCAGAUUCUUCUUCUGAAGCUUCGAAUCUUCAGGCUUCUGCUUUUCCAGGUGGUGACAGUACUACUGCUGGGGUUUCACAAAAUGGCUAUCCAGCAUUUGCUUCAAUCACCACAAAUGCAAAUGGGCAUGAGCAACCUGAGACUAAUGCAUCCGAUGUUGUUGGUUCUGACCCAAACUUGUAUGGCAUCCAGAAUUCAGUGCUUCCAGCACCUGCUCAAGUUAUUGUAGAAAGUACACCUGUAGGUUCCGGAAAGCUCCUUCUAAAUUGGCGUGAGUUUUGGCGAGCCUUUGGCCUUGAUCAUAAUCGUGCAGAUCUCAUAUGGAAUGAGCGUACAAGGCAAGAAUUAAGGGAAGCUUUGAAGGCUGAGGUUCACAACCUAGAUGUCGAGAAAGAGCGCACAGAAGAUAUUUCCCCCAGUGAUGUCGAGGCCACAACUGGCCAGGAGACUGUCCCACGUAUAUCUUGGAACUAUUCUGAGUUCUCUGUUAGUUAUCGUAGCUUGUCAAAAGAAGUUUGUGUGGGUCAAUAUUACCUACGCUUAUUGCUUGAAAGUGGGAACGCUGGCAAGGCACACGAUUUCCCUCUCCGUGAUCCAGUUGCUUUUUUCAGGGCGCUCUAUCAUCGUUUCCAGUGUGAUGCUGAUAUGGGGCUUACUAUUGAUGGUGCUGUUCCAGAUGAAUUGGGUUCAUCAGGCGACUGGUGUGAUAUGAGUAGGCUUGAUGGUUUUGGUGGAGGGGGAGGAGCUUCUGUUAGGGAGCUUUGUGCAAGAGCGAUGGCGAUUGUCUAUGAGCAACACUACAACACAAUAGGUCCUUUUGAAGGCACUGCACAUAUUACAACACUGAUAGAUAGGACGAAUGAUAGAGCUUUGAGGCAUCGCCUACUACUUCUCCUGAAGGCUCUAGUUAAGGUCUUGUUAAACGUUGAAGGUUGUGUUGUGGUUGGUGGUUGUGUCCUAGCUGUAGAUCUGCUGACUGUUGUUCAUGAAAACUCGGAGAGGACUCCUAUUCCAUUACAGUCCAAUUUAAUUGCUGCUACUGCAUUUAUGGAACCACCUAAGGAAUGGAUGUACAUAGACAAAGGUGGUGCAGAAGUGGGACCUGUAGAGAAGGACGUCAUCAGAAGUUUAUGGUCCAAAAAGGAUAUUGACUGGACAACUAAGUGUCGGGCUUUAGGAAUGUUAGACUGGAAGAAAUUGCGUGAUAUCCGUGAACUUAGAUGGGCAGUAGCUGUUCGAGUUCCAGUCCUCACACCUACUCAGGUAGGGGAUGCUGCAUUGUCCAUAUUACAUAGCAUGGUUUCGGCACAUUCAGAUUUGGAUGACGCUGGAGAGAUUGUAACUCCAACACCAAGAGUAAAACGUAUCUUGUCUAGUACACGUUGUCUUCCUCACAUUGCUCAGGCUCUGCUCUCUGGCGAACCAGUUAUUGUGGAGGCUGGUGCUGCUCUUUUAAAAGACGUUGUUACCAGAAACUCCAAGGCGAUGAUCCGCCUGUACAGUACAGGGGCCUUUUACUUUGCCCUUGCUUACCCUGGAUCCAAUCUUUACUCAAUUGCACAACUCUUCUCGGUCACCCAUGUGCAUCAAGCUUUUCAUGGUGGGGAAGAAGCUACUGUUUCCUCCUCUCUGCCCCUGGCUAAAAGAAGCGUAUUGGGUGGUCUUCUCCCAGAGUCCUUAUUAUAUGUAUUAGAGCGCAGUGGACCAGCUGCGUUUGCAGCUGGCAUGGUUUCUGAUUCCGAUACUCCGGAGAUUAUAUGGACACAUAAAAUGCGAGCAGAAAAUCUUAUAUGUCAGGUUUUGCAGCAUCUUGGUGACUAUCCUCAGAAAUUGUCACAGCACUGCCAUUCUCUCUAUGAUUAUGCUCCCAUGCCACCUGUUACGUAUCCAGAACUUAGAGAUGAGAUGUGGUGUCACCGUUAUUAUCUCAGAAAUUUAUGUGAUGAGAUUCGAUUUCCUAAUUGGCCGAUUGUUGAACAUGUCGAGUUCUUACAAUCAUUACUUGUGAUGUGGCGUGAAGAGUUGACUAGGAAACCCAUGGAUCUUUCUGAAGGAGAAGCUUGCAAAAUUCUAGAAAUAUCCCUGAAUGAUGCAUCAAGUGAUGACCUAAACUUGGCUGCUUCAGUUGAGUUGAAUGAGGAAAUAUCUAAUAUAUCCAAACAAAUUCAAAACCUUGAUGAAGAGAAACUUAAGCGCCAGUACAGGAAGCUUGCGAUGAGGUACCAUCCUGACAAGAAUCCAGAAGGAAGAGAAAAGUUCCUGGCUGUUCAAAAAGCUUAUGAAUGCCUACAGGCAACAAUGCAAGGAUUGCAAGGUCCUCAGCCGUGGAGGUUGCUGCUUUUACUGAAAGCGCAGUGCAUCUUAUAUCGACGUUAUGGACAUGUGUUACGGCCAUUCAAAUAUGCUGGCUAUCCGAUGUUACUUGAUGCAGUUACAGUGGACAAGGAUGACAACAACUUUCUAUCUAAUGAUAGAUCCCCUCUUCUUGUUGCAGCAUCUGAGCUUGUUUCGUUAACCUGUGCUGCCUCGUCGUUGAAUGGUGAAGAAUUAGUGAGAGAUGGUGGUGUGCAGCUUCUAUCGACUCUUCUUUCUCGCUGCAUGUGUGUGGUUCAGCCAACAACUUCACAACACGAACCAGCUGCAAUCAUUGUCACAAAUGUAAUGCGUACACUUUCUGUAAUAAGUCAGUUUGAGAGUGCAAGGGCUGGAUUUCUAGAGUUACCCAGUCUGAUUGAUGACAUUGUGCACUGUACGGAACUAGAACUUGUGCCUGCAGCCGUUGAUGCUGCUCUCCAGUCUAUUGCCAAGGUUUCUGUCUUCCCUGAACUUCAGCAUGGUCUGCUAAAGGCUGGUGCCUUAUGGUAUAUUCUCCCAUUAUUACUACAGUAUGACUCAACUGUAGAGGAAUCUAAUUCUGUCGAGUCUCAUGGGGUUGGAGUUAGCAUUCAAAUUGCCAAGAAUGAGCAUGCCUUACAAGCAUCGCAAGCCCUAUCAAGGCUUAGUGGACUAUGUGCAGAUGAGAGUUUGACACCUUACAAUGCUGCUGCGGCUGAUGUUAUCAGAGCAUUACUGACUCCAAAACUUGCUAGUUUGUUGAAAGAUGAAGUUGCCAAGGAUUUGUUAUCCAAACUUAACACAAAUUUGGAGACACCGGAGAUUAUCUGGAACUCUGCAACUCGAUCAGAGCUUUUAAAUUUUGUGGAUGAACAACGCACCUGCCAGUGCCCCGAUGGUUCAUAUGAUCUGAAAACUGCUCAAUCUUUUUCAUAUGACGCACUGUCAAAAGAGGUCUUUAUUGGCAAUGUUUACUUGAAGGUCUAUAAUGAUCAGCCCGACUCAGAGAUCAGUGAACCAGAAGCAUUCUGCAAUGCUCUGAUCGACUUUAUAUCAUCAUUAGUGCAUACUGAGUUGCCCUCUGUUUCCGAGGACCAAAAUUUGAUCGAAGACGGCAGCUCAUCUAAUGAUACUCCGGAACUUCAAAGUAGCGUCGUAGAACCGUCAUUGAUUGAAGAACAUUCCGAUCAUCAGCCAUCAUCUGAGGGGAAGAAGGAAGAAUGUUUUCUGAUUGAUCACCUCCAAUUAGGAUUGACUGCUCUUCAGAACUUGCUUACAAAGUAUCCAGAUCUGGCUUCAGUGUUUUCGUCUAAGGAGAGACUAUUACCUCUCUUUGAAUGUUUUUCGGUGUCCAUUGCAUCAAAAACAGAUAUUCCAAAACUCUGCCUGAACGUCCUCUCUCGUCUAACUGCUUAUGCUCCUUGCUUGGAGACGAUGGUAUCUGAUGGAUCUAGUCUUCUUCUCCUCUUACAAAUGCUUCAUUCUGCACCUUCUUUUCGCGAGGGUGCUCUCCAUGUUCUUUAUGCUUUGGCAAGCACACCAGAACUUGCUUGGGCUGCUGCAAAACAUGGUGGAGUAGUAUAUAUUCUGGAACUUUUAUUGCCUUGCAAAGUAAUCAUUCUGAACUCUUUUUCUUUUCCCAUUGGCUUUCUGAUUACAUACAAUGGAGUCAAUGACACAAAAUGGUCUUGUGCAGAAGAUAUUCCCUUGCAGCAAAGAGCUGCAGCGGCUUCUUUGUUGGGUAAGCUCGUCGCACAACCAAUGCAUGGGCCUAGAGUUGCUAUCACACUCGUGAGAUUCCUUCCGGACGGUCUUGUAUCUAUAAUUCGUGAUGGACCUGGGGAGGCUGUUGUACAUGCGCUUGAGCGGACCACAGAGACUCCAGAACUUGUGUGGACACCAGCAAUGGCAGCAUCUUUAUCCGCACAGAUUGCAACCAUGGCAUCAGAUAUUUAUGGUGAACAACAGAAGGGUUCUGUUAUUGAAUGGGACGUACCAGAGCAGUCAUCUGGUCAACCAGAAAUGAGAUACGAGCUACAGGUUGGUGGAGUCAAUGUCAGGCUUUUCUUAAAAGAUCCAAAAUUUCCUCUGAGAAAUCCAAAACGAUUCUUGGAAGGACUACUGGAUCAGUAUUUGUCAGCAAUGGCGGCAACACAUUAUGAACAACAUCCUGUUGACCCUGAGCUCCCUCUCCUUCUCUCUGCUGCAUUGGUUUCGUUGUUGCGUGUGCAUCCUGCACUUGCAGAUCACAUAGGAUAUCUCGGGUAUGCUGAAGAAAUUGGAUCUGAUGGAGUGAAUGAGUCUGCUGAUCCCUCAAGUCUACCUGGGCAAACCCCUCAAGAACGCGUGCGCCUUAGUUGUUUACGUGUGCUUCAUCAACUUGCAGCUAGUACCGCAUGUGCUGAAGCAAUGGCUGCAACUAGUGCUGGAAAUGCCCAGGUGGUUCCACUUCUCAUGAAAGCAAUAGGAUGGCUUGGUGGAAGCAUUUUAGCACUUGAGACACUUAAGCGUGUUGUUGUGGCUGGAAAUCGGGCCAGAGAUGCGCUUGUUGCGCAGGGUCUAAAGGUUGGUCUUAUUGAGGUCCUUCUUGGGUUGCUUGACUGGAGGACGGGGGGAAGGUACGGGCUCAGUUCUCACUUGAAAUGGAAUGAAUCGGAAGCAUCAAUCGGGCGGGUGCUUGCAGUUGAGGUAUUGCAUGGUUUUGCAACAGAAGGAGCACAUUGCUCAAAAGUGCGUGAGAUACUUGAUGCGUCAGAAGUAAGUAUGGAGUGCAUAUUAAGACCAAAAGCACGACUUGUUCCUGCCAUCAAAUACACAAUCAGCGGCAGGAGUGGCUGGCUUAUUGAAAACUCAUCCAACAGUCUCACUUACGCUCUUACCGCUCCUCCUCCACCUUCGCAUCCUUGACCAUUUCUUCCUUUUGUAUAUCCUUUUUGUAAAGUUCAAUCAUUUCCUUGCUUUUUAUUUUUUUCUAUAGAGAAUACUGUCGUCUGUAAAUGUUUGAUGAGAAAGUAGAAAAUAUUUGUGGUUUUCUUGGACCAACAGUGAAAUUACGGUCUGAUGACAGGAUUUGUGGUUGUUACUGUCUACACGGGGUCGUAGACGAUAUCCAAACAACUGGUCCCUUCUUUAUAUUUUGUGUUUAAAGUUAAACUUGUGGCUUAUUAAAUGCAUGUAUAAGCC